AUGGUUAUUUCCCACUCCCACUCUCAGCCUCUACUAAACCACCGUACCGAGGAGCACAAUCACGGCGAUCACCUCUCGGGACCGCAGGGUAGCAGUAGUGAUGGCUCCUCGAGCCUGCCCAGGGGCGGCAAGCUGCGGACAAAAUCCUGCGAAGACAUGCUCGGCCGUAUACGACGAGGUGGCAUCGACGAAACCAAGGACGACUUCAAGCGCCGUGAGACGGAUCCGGCCUACGUGAGCUUUGAGGACAUGUUGGCAUCCAAGGAGUUCCGGGAGGGCAUUAGCCGUCCGGCGCCGGAGGCUGGGAUCACGCAUCCGCUUGUGAGGACGGCGUCGCGGCUGUACACAUCUACGGCCCACCCACGGCAGCGUCGCCGAUCUCCGGGGCCGCUAGGGACUCGCCGUGGCGGCACCAUGUACCGUUUUGUGAAGAAGUACAUCUGCCCUUGCUUGGACUUGGUCGGCAGAGCUUUGGGUUGCAUGCCAAGCAUGACGGCUCAUUGA